GUACUCUUCACGUUAAUGCUCGUAGUUGACAUCCAAAUGGACUACGGCAUAUCAGGACACAGAGUCCCCCUGCACGGACGAGUCCGAAUAGGGGACGAUCAGGAUAAAGGAAGAUCCGCGUACAUAGAAUUCAGAAAACGAUUCCUUCAGAAAAGUAAUGGAAGCAACGGAUCUCGAGAGUUUGAGCAGUCUGCACCCAGUGAGACGAGCGGCGGCGGUGAGGCGGAACCUCGCACGCCAGCGCCUCCCGUGGACCACUACGAAGACCUAGUGAAGAUCAUCAACUCCCAGCUCACGGGGCAUAAUGAGGAUCACCCCGUGGUAGUCCCUCCUCACCACGACCUCAAUGUGCUCAGGCCAGAGAACCCCACUAUUGGGGAAAUGGAGGAUCUUGAACCAAGUGUCAACGCGUCCAACUUGGAGAAGUUCCAGCUACGGAUAGCGCAGCACGAGUUGUACGAGGACGGGGAGCCGCUUGUUGACGCCGUGCUCAAGGACAUGGCCACAUUGCCCAUAUUGCACGCAGAACAGAAAGAGGGAGGGACGCAGCUGAAGUUGAUCAUAGACUAUCCGAACGGUAUACAAGCCCUGUUUAAGCCAAUGAGAUUCGCCCGAGACGUCCAAACUCUGCCGAAUCAUUUCUAUUUUUCUGAUUACGAGCGACAUAACGCAGAGAUUGCGGCCUUCCAUUUGGACAGAAUACUAGGAUUCCGUCGUGCAAUGCCAGUCAUAGGGCGAGUUCUAAACAUGACGACGGAGAUCUAUGACGUGACCGAGGGCGACAUCUUGCGGACGUUCUUCGUGUCGCCGGCGAACAACUUCUGCUUCCACGGCAAGUGCUCCUACUACUGCGACACGGGGCACGCCAUUUGUGGCAACCCUGACAUGUUAGAGGGGAGUUUCGCUGCUUUUUUGCCAUCUCCAGACUUAGCUGAACGAAAGGUAUGGAGACAUCCUUGGAGGAGAUCGUAUCAUAAACGACGAAAAGCACAAUGGGAGCUACAGUCUGAUUAUUGUGAUACCGUCCGCAGCACGCCGCCCUACGACUCAGGUCGUCGUCUACUUGAUCUGAUGGACAUGUCAAUAUUUGACUUCUUGACAGGCAAUAUGGACAGACAUCAUUACGAAACAUUCAAGAUGUUCGGUAACGACACAUUCACGCUGCACCUGGACCAGGGCCGCGCGUUCGGGAAGGCGUUCCACGACGAGCUCAGCAUUCUGGCGCCGCUGCUGCAGUGCUGCAUGGUGCGGCACACCACGCUCGCCGCGCUCCUCAAGUUUCACAAUGGAGAUCCACUUUCAAAGGUUCUCCGUGACUCCAUUAAUGUAGACCCGGUAUCACCUAUCCUAUGGGAGCCGCACCUCGCGGCAGUAGACAGGAGAAUAGGUCUAAUAUUAGACGCAAUCAGAAAAUGUAUAGAAAAAGCUGAGAAUCCUUUACAGGAUGAAGUGAACGAUUUCGUAUGACCAUUGCCAUUAGUGUGUCGGACUACGUGCGGAGAUACUCUUAGAAAAUCUCACUAAAAGUGAUUAUGAAAUUGUGAUAAGUGGUACUAUUGUGGUAUAGAAAGGUCAGUGAUGACUGAAGGACCUACUAGUCGGACUCUCUUAUGUAUUGUGACUUAAGACAAUGCUAGUAUGUAAGUGAAUUUGUAAUCAAUGCAAAUAUUAACUUAUCGAUGUCUUUGGUCCUAAAAGACAACUUGUUAGUGUUAAGUUUUUAGUGCCAAAGAUUGUCCAAAUGAUGUGAGAUGUUCAGCAUAAUUUUAUUACCAUUCCAUUUGAAGCGUUUUUUAAAUAAGCCAUUUUAAUCAUGCCAAAUAUAUAGAAAGAAAAUUUAUAUUUACGAUACUUUUUUGUACAAAUUGACGAUUUCUAAAUUGACUUAGGUUUAAUCAGUAUUGGAGGACUGAGAAUUAGGAAAUAUCCUAUUUUUAUUAUACAUACAUAAGUCUGAUGAGGCGUACGUACGAGUAUAGGAAGUGCAAACAUCUGUACAUAAUUUUAGUAAAAUGCAAUUAUUUUAAGGUUUUAUUUUAAGUUGUAAAACAUUUUCUUAAUUAUAGACACAUUUUGUCAGCUGUUAGUACAAUGUAAUUUAUGGUUGUGAACCAAUUUAGAAACCAGAUAAAUACGGUUUUUCGAAAUUAACCUUUUAAAGAUACUUUACGAAUUGAUACAUUUAAAAAUCUUUUAUUGUUGUGGAUGUUGUAAAUUUGUUGGUAAAAUGUGUCUAUUAUUUCGUGAGAUUUGUUAUAGUUUAAUUUUUGUUGUGAAGUCUGUUACCGAUGUAGCUCAAAGCUCAAGAAUACACAUAUCAUCAAGCAGUUUGAUACAUUCGUAUAUAUCUCUUCAGGCAAUAAUGCCUUCGACUACUUUUAUUUUUAGGAUUUUAUCACUCGUUGGUUUUAAUGUGCUAAUAUUUUGUUUAUUGUUUUUCGGUUUUGCGUUUUUGUUGUUUUUUUUUUUCAACUAAACUUUACUGCACCUUCUGUAACUAUAGGGUGAUCUCAAAAUUGAAAACGUCUCUUUCUGAUGGUUUUUUUUUUAUAAUGAAAUAAAAAUGAGACAGUGUAUUCGUAUAGUUAUUUAGUAUCUGUUGUUUGCAAUAACCAACGUUGGUUUUUAGUUUAAAUUAUAAAGAUCUUUAGUAUUUAUUCUUUAAUUCGUACGUGUGGGCAGUCCUAUUAUUGAUAGCGAAUUUAUUGAUCGAUGUAAUAAUCGAUUUAUUGAUAUCGAGUUAUUCAAGAUUGUAUUAUAACCGUGUGUUUCCAUUACCGAAACAUGUGUAUGAAAAUAUAGUCAUGUAACGGAGAUAAUUAUAUUUUUGUACAGGAUUUACUGCAAUGGAAGCCCACGGUGAGAUUGUAAAAUGAACGGCUUGCCAAAGAUGUACCUUCUUAAUAACAGUGUACGUUACGAUAUUUUACAAAAUGUUGUAUUGCAUUAUAUGGAACGAAUGUUUCUGUUGGUUGUUAAUAAAUUUUCAAUAACUGAAUACAAAAGUU